AUGUCGGAGGACAUUGAGUACCGUUGUUUCAUUGGUGGCCUUUCGUGGUCAACAUCUGAUAGGGAUCUAAAGAAAGCUUUUGAAAAGUUUGGCCAUCUUCUUGAGGCAAACGCUGUUUUUGACAAGGCCUCUGAACACUCUUGUGGAUUUGGGUUUGUCACCUUUGAUGACAAGAAAGCAAUGGAAGAUGCUAUUGAAGCAAUGCAUGAAAUGGAUUUGGAUGGACGAACUAUUACAGUGGAUAAAGCUCGGCCAAACCAAGGUUCAGAUAGAGAUAAUGAUAGGGAUCGACCUCGUGACCGUGACCGUGAUUAUGGAGGUGGUCGGUGCUUAGUUGUUUCCGUU